UCAGUGGUGGUGUGGCCGUGGUGGUGGUCGCUUUGUGUGUGCGUGUGUCUGUCGCGUUUCUCGUGUUGGAGUGCGCUACUCCCUCCCGGAUUUCUCACCGAAUUACUGAGAGAGUAGGCAAGCGGGCUUGUGAAUUCGCUUCCUGUACAGGUGUCUGUGAACAGGUGCGUAGCGCAGGACCCUCCUCCCUUGACCCACAGGACACGAGUUUGUGAUUGUAGCAGAAAGAGGAUUUAUGAAAAGGACUGGAAUGUGUUGCGUGUGUUUGUGAUAUGCCACAGCCACAAGUUAGAAAACUUACUAACAAGUUUACUUUGGAUUUUCUCUUGAAUAUGCAUUAUAAUAUUCAUGAAAAUAUAGUUCCAUUAGAUCGCAGAGUACAUACUACAUGUGCAUAUUAGAGAGUGUAGUAUUGAAUCUGUUUUGGUUUAGAAAUUUCUUCUAAGGGUAUUUCGGUUCUUUGAGCUGUCGCCUGCUUUGUGAAAAAGCAGAGGAGUCGUCCAUCGCGUUCGAUCAGCCCCAAAAAAGGAAACAAAAAAAUUAAAUCGCUAACGCUUCCAAGUUUCGUGUACUAACGUAGUAUUGGUAAGAUUUAGUGUUAUAACGUUUAUAUGUUAAGUGAUAUCGUUAGUGGAAAUAAAUACUGUUGGUGUUUUUACAUCCUUAAUGGUGUCAAGUAGAAAAUAAAGGAGAAUUUUUUUUUAUCGCGAGCCAAGAGAAUAAUAAUAAUAAUAAUAAGAGCCCCAGAAGUGGAGCCAUGAAGGGCGAAAACAGCGUUGCGGCUGGCGGUGGUCAUCCGGAGGCCAUGAGAGCGCUCAGUUUGCAACCUCCGAAAAUCGCCAGCCACCUCGACCUCUUGUCUGAUCCUUUAGCUGCAUUGCGAGCUCCGCCAUCCCCAAAUUUCAAUUCAGCUCACGCUCGCGUCAGCGCUGCCCGAAGUCUCCGGGGUGUGUUUCAGGCCCGGCUGAACGGUCCCUUGGGCUCCCUCCAGCCUGCCCUCGCCCAUCGCCCACAGAACACCUCUGCCGCACUCAGGUCACCGCGAUCAGUCAAGCGUUUGGCCGGGAAACAUUCCAGGACUCCCAGAGCCAGAAGUCAGCCGGGUACCGAUAAGGAAAACGUGGCUCGCUCACAGGAGGACGAAGACGAAGGCUUCGAGGAUGUUUGGGCGGGCAUUGGGAGGGACGAUUCCCCCAGAAUUGUGGUUGGUGACGUCGAGGGGAAUGACUCGAGAUGGGCGGGUGACCUAACACGUCUAACCUCUGCAUUAGACCAGUUGGCUGCCCUUUGCAAUGUGCCUCACAAGCGGCCGCCUCUUCCUUCAAUCAUGAGUUCUCGCACUGCCCCCAGUAGCCCUACGCACCCGACUCGUCACGCACAUUCCCAUGCCCUUGGCAACGGCCGCACCAGUCAUCACGGUUCCUCUUCGCACGGUCCUGCUAGUCUGUCUCACCCUUUCAGUCAUCACCAUCAUCAUCAUCAUCAUCAUGAGCAUCAGAGUCAGGAAACUCAUAAUGCCCAACCAGUCAACAUAUCGCCAACAUGCCCAGUUCAUGGCAACCAAGUCAAUGGUGGCCUUACCUCGCUCAGCCUGGCCGAUGGAGAUAGUUCCUCUUCCAACAGACUGACCCAUCCACUCCUACAGGAAACGGACUCUGGCGGGAGUUCAGGUGUCCACGCCAUGUCAAGUCCCCCUUCUCCCAUAGGGGUGGGAGGCGGGGGUGGGAUAGUAGGAAGUACCAAGGACAUUUCAGGGGGCAUGGCCAGGAAAGUAAGCGUGGCGCUUAGGGCCUUAGGUGGCCGUCUUGCGGCUUGGGGACGAGGGAAUGAUGGCUCGGCGGGAUCCUGCCAGCUCUCUUCGUCGUCGUCGUCGUCUUCGUCUCCUGUAGCUUGUAGACAUUCAGGGCAACCCACUCCUAGUCCCACACCCGACGCCAGAUCAGAAAUGAUGCCGGGGACUCCUGGUGGCAGGUUUAAGCCUCCUGAACGGCAAAGGAAAGUGGUGGUUGCAUUAUACGAUUACAACGCCAUCGAUCCCGGGGACAUACCUCUGCGAAAGCAUGAGGAAUUCGAGGUCAUAGAAGACACACAAGAGUACUGGUGGAAAAUGAAAAACUUACAGACAGGGGUCGAAGGUUUUGCUCCUAGUAAUUACGUAAGAGAAAAGGAAACGCUUGGGUUACAUCAGUAUGACUGGUAUCUUGGCGAUGCAACACGACAAAGAGCAGAAGUGUUUUUGAUGCAGCAGGAACGUGAAGGAUGUUUCGUUGUAAGAAAUUCCACUACCAACUCUGGGAUCUACACUCUAUCUCUCUUCUCCAAAAGGUCACAUCCUCAAGUGAAACACUACCAUAUUAAGAAAGACCCUGAGGGAAAUUAUUAUCUCUCACAUAAUAUUAAGUGCCAGACCAUACCUGACUUAAUUUUUCGACACCAACACAAUCCAGCUGGCCUACCUGUGAGAUUAAGACCACCCACACAUGGUCGGCAUGCACCCACUAUUCCUGGACCACAUCCUGACAAAUGGGAGAUAGAUCCUAAUGAACUAAACCUUUUAGAAGAAUUGGGAUCUGGCCAGUUUGGUGUUGUUAGACAUGGAAAGUUAAGAAAUUUAGAUGUAGCUGUGAAAAUGAUGAAAGAAGGAACCAUGAGUGAAAAUGACUUCAUUGAAGAGGCUCAAGUUAUGACGAAACUACGGCAUCCAAAUCUAGUGCAGUUAUAUGGUGUCUGUAGCAUGUAUCGACCCAUUUAUAUUGUGACAGAAUACCUAAAAAAUGGCUCAUUACUCAACUACCUUCGUAGCAAAGAUAAAGUGUUAAUAAAUAAUAAUGAAAUAUUGUUAGACAUGUGUUUACAAGUUUGUGAAGGAAUGGCCUACCUAGAAAGACAAAAAUUUAUCCACAGGGACCUUGCAGCAAGAAAUUGUCUUGUUGGAGCACAUGGUGAAAUUAAAGUAGGAGACUUUGGUUUAGCUAGGCAUGUUGUGGAUGAUGAAUAUACCGGAUCAGGAGGAGCCAAGUUUCCCAUUAAAUGGGCAGCCCCAGAAGUGCUAAACUUUAUGCGAUUCUCAUCCAAGUCAGAUGUCUGGGCAUAUGGUGUACUUAUGUGGGAGGUAUUUUCAUGUGGUAAGAUGCCAUAUGGAAAGGCAAAGAAUACUGAAGUUGUAGAAAUGGUAGUACAGAAAGGAUGCGUAUUGGACAAACCAAGAUUUUGCCCUGAUAACGUUUAUAAUGUAAUGCGGAAAUGUUGGGAUCGCACACCUGAAAUGCGGCCGGCGUUCAGCGACAUUAUCAGAAUUUUCCAAGAUGAAUGACUUCAGUCAUCAAACACAGAUUCCCUUCAACACACACAUACUGGUCCUGAUAAUGUCUUAUGAAAAAUGUUGACUAAAAUCUUUGUCUGACUCAUUUUUGUAUUGUGAAAAAAGUGCUUUGGUUUUUUGUAAUUUAAGAGUUUGCAAGUAAUUUGUAUGAGUUUAGAGAAAAAAUGUUACCUUAAAAUAAUUUAUAGGCAAUGAAUUGCAUUAAAUUUCAUUUCUUUUUUUCUGUUACAAAUGGGCUUGUGUACAUUAGAACAAAAUUUGCAUUAUAUAUAUAUAUAUAUAUAUAUAUAUAUAUAUAUAUAUAUAUAUAUAUAUAUAUAUAUAUAUAUAUAUAUAUAUAUAUGCUUGUAAUUGGUUUAGUUGAUGAAAAUUAAGAAUAUUAUCCAUGGGAAUGAAAGCACAAAUUGUAUGUGAAACCUUUUUUAUGUAAAAGUUAUAUUUGCAAAUGAAGAAAAGCUGACUUCAAGCCACUUAUUCUUUGCAUUACAAAUGUACAUAUCAUUUCUUUCUCUGCAGUUGGUCAUAUUAUUAGUGUUUUUGUAAAUAAUAGUGAAAUUGAACCUGUAGUAGAAGGAAUGCCAUUUUAUUUAUAUUUGACCUUACCUAGUUCAGAAUGCAGGGCGAUUUUGGCAGUGUCAGUAGACAUGUCAUAAUAAUGGGACCAGUUACGACUGUCAAUCUUUUUAAGAUGAAAGGAAGACAAUUUGUAAUUGUUAAGUUAACUGAUGCAACCAAAUGCACAACACACAUUCCAACUCGUAAAUGAUGUUAAGUUUCUAACGUUGUCUAUAAAAAAAACCAUACAGAAGGUAUGCAUGAUAUCAUUCAACCAAGCAAAUAUUUAAUUUCAGUCAUGGCUAACCUGAAGAGAGAAAUGGUAACUUCAUGUCUCAAAUUAUAACAGGAGUUCAGUUGAUUUGGGCAGUAUGUUUAUAAAUUUUCUUUCAUGUUGAAAGGUAUUAUGAAACACAUAUUGUAAGUAUUUGACAUACCUGUAGUUUACUAGGUAUAUUUCUUUUAAUAAAGAAUUAAAAUGUCUUUUGAAUUAAAACUGAAAAAAUUUUCAUGUCUGAUUUGUUUUAUCAUGUAGGUAGCUGACAACUGCUGCCUUUUUCUAGGUCUUGGAGUUUCCAGUACGUCAUGAUCAUUUAAUAUUCUGUACUUCAUUUUUCUCUAUAGUACUUGAGUGUUCAGUCACACUAACUGAUGUUCAUAAUAGUAAUAAUUGGUAUGUACUAUAAAAACCAUUUGGUAAACUGGAUCCAAUUAAUGCAACUGAGAUACGAACUAAUAAAAUUCUUGAUAAAUUAUGUAUUUACCUACUAUUUUUAGGAAUAACAUUUAAAGAAAUCACAAAGAUUUUUAAUUACUGAGCAUGAUAAGGGCAAAUAUUGGAAGUCUUUAAGGAUUGUCAAGAAAAAACAUUAUAUUACAGACUUACCAUUGCUCAAUAAUUAUUUAACUUAGAAAAGUUACUGCAAAUUUACUCCACUUCCAAAUACAGUAGGUAUGUAUUGUUUUUAAAAAUUUCACUUACUAGGAAAAUAGUAUGUGCUGGAAGCCAGUAUUUAUCUUUUUAAAAUUAUUUUUGUUGACUUCAAAAUUAGAUAAAAGACAUUUUCUACUUAGUCCUCAAUAGCUGUAUACCUUGCAGGAUGUGAUCAAGGAUAUUGAAUACAAGGGAAAGUUUGACUACCACAUUGUAACAGCUGCUUCUAGUAAAUGUCAUUGAGUAAAGUAAAAUGAUAAUAAAAAAAAUUAUCAUGAAAGCAGCAAUUACGCUACUAAAUGUAAUAAUACAUGCCUAUUCCAACACUGGACUAAGUAUGCUACACUGCCCUUACAGUAUUUUGCUCUUAAGCUCAAGUUAUCAUGUACAGUGAUGACAGCAAACAAGGUACAGUUGUUACCUGGCUUUCUUUGACAUGUGCAAUCCAUCAUCAUUCUCUCUAAUGCUGUUGUUUAUCUAGCCAUAGCAAUUCCUUUCUUAUUAAUAUGUCCAGAACAAGUGAAAUUCAGCUUCAAAAGACAGUUUAAGUAGUCUGUGAAGUGAGAGUAAAUCAGUUAGAUUACAAUCAUACACAAUAUGCAACAAUUAGGUUCAAAUAGAUAUUUUCAAUAAAUGAGAUAAAAUUUUGUUUAAUGCACCUAGAACAGGGACUGCCACUAAAAGUUACCAAGCAAAAAUUAUUUCCAUUACAUACUUCAUUUAGAGUCUGGUGAAUUUUCAAUAAAAAAAGUACACAGUAAUAAAACUGAAUAAUUUGUAGAAAACCUUAUGCUAACAAUAUCUUUUAAUAAUAUAAUCCCAACAAAAAGAUCUGAAAAUUACCUGCUAUAAAAUCUAAAUAACAAGAAGUUACAUAGUACAUAUAUGCAGUUAAUAUAUUGAUAAAAAGACAGAUUAACCCCUUAGUUCAGGAGCGUGCAUGAUUAAGUUUAGGUUUGCUACUUCUGGAUGUGGUUACUUUAAACUGAUGGAUGGUUGAAGCAGAGAAAGGGAAGAGGUAAUAGAGCAUGACUAAGUAAAUGAAAUUAUAAAGUAUAAUAGACCUAUUUUGGCAUUGAUGCUAACGAUGACUGUCAUAGCAGAUCAGACUUACAUUUUAGAGCAUACAAUUUAAAUGCUUGGUUAAAAUUUUCAGAGUAUACAACUUAAAAGCUUGGUUAAAAUUUUCUGAGUAUACAACUUAAAAGCUUGGUUAAAAUUUUCAGAGUAUACAACUAAAAAGCUUGGUUAAAAUUUUACAUCAUCCAAUUUAUUGCUGGUCAAUUUUCAAAGUACGUAACCCCAGAGACUGGCUGGUCUCUCAAGUCUCAAACUUACAUGCCCAUCAACUGCGUUCAUAUCAGUUCCUGCCCAUAUGACCAUUUGCCAUUAAGUCAACCACAACCCAGAGGACAUUUUCUGAUGCAUACAUAUCAGCUCCUGAGUUAACAAGGCUUUUGAAUGUUUGCUCUCCUGCUCUAAGGGGUUUGAAAAUGUCUUAUUUCUUAGCACUACUGUACCAAUACAUUGUUAUAUCAGAGAAGUGUACAAGCUAUGUUCUCUCUCAGAUAUGUCACAACUGUACCUUGAACAUACAGUGCAAUAUGAACUUUUAAAAAAAAUUAUGCAUUCUUCUGUGUUUGGUUUUGAGGUAUAAAUGAAUCUCAAAAAAUUUUAUUGUAUCAUAUUUUUUGUAAGCACCAUUUUCUCAAACAAAAUUUUUUUAUAUGUCUUUUGCAUUUUUGUAUUGGUAUAUAUGGUGAAAGUUUACAUGUAGAUAAAUGUUCUCCUGUAUGAAAAUGUUUUAUAGUACGUACUUACAUUUAAAAUCAAAAUGACAUUUUAUUCCUGUGAAUGGUGUAUACAUUGUUUCCCUUUUAGGUAAACUGCUGUAUGGUAGAGAAUGGAAUACUCAGCAUUUGGCCACUUUAAAUAUCAUAAUAUGAUGAGCCUCCACUAAUUUCCCAGAUGAUACAUCAGAAUGGUUACACAGUCAACAGUAAUGUGUUAUUCUUUUCUAAUCAUGAAACAGGGCUGUAAUUGUAAUAAGCGUACAUUUAAGGUGUUGUUGGGUGAUUAUUUUUUUAGGAUUAAGAAAUGCUAUGGUAGUCAUUAAAUAAGUAAUUAUUACAGAAUGAUUACCUUGAAGUACUACUGUGAUUUUUGAAUCUUCCUAAUGAU